AAAAUUCAAAUCUUCAUCGUUCUAUCAAGUUCUUGGAUGAUCAAUCAACAUUUUUUCCCUUAUCAAAGCACGUCUCGUUAAUCGAGAACAAAAUUUUCUCCAACAAUCGACCGUUUUAUUACUUUUAUGCCAUACAGUCGUGUCGCCAAUGCUAAAUUGAUUCACUUUUAUCAUCUCUGACAGAUCCAGAAACCCUAGCUCUAGCUGUACAUGGAGUUCUCCACCAUUCUCAAACUCAACGACACCUCCAAACUAUCUUCUGCAAAAUCUCUAACAUCUUGCAUUUGAAGAUUUACAGAUGAAGCUUUUAAGGUGCCUGUACCUGCACUGUUAAGCACAUUUAAUUGGGGUAUGGACGAAGAUUGUUCAAGGAAUUCAUUGAACCAAGGAGUCGAAAAUCUCUUGGCUCCCCCGGGUUUUAUUUCUCGAAGAUCCUUCAGGCUGAGGAGGGUGGAACAGAAUGAGAAUGAUGAUUCAAGUAAAAUAAAGCAAACUGAAAUCAGUGCUUUGUCUCAGACGAUUGGCAUUGAAAUGAUGGAGGCGGCUUGUAGACAGAGACCCUGGAUAUUAUUUGAUCAAAAGAAUGAGGAUUCUUUGGAGUUUGAAUCUAUGGAGAAUGAUAUGAACCUCCCUCCACAAUCUGACCUUCCAAAAGGGGUAGCACAUGGAUGUCCAGAAUGCAGUAACUGUGUGAAGGUCACUGCAAGGUGGCAUCCUGAAGAUGCAAGAACGGAUAGUCUUGAAGAGGCCCCUGUUUUCUAUCCAACAGAGGAGGAAUUUGCAGAUACACUUCAAUAUAUAGAAAGAAUACGUCCAAGGGCAGAGUCAUGUGGAAUCUGUCGUAUAGUUCCUCCUCCAUCAUGGCUACCUCCAUGCCUUUUGAAGGAAAAGGAAAUUUGGGAAAACUCUCCUUUCUUAGCCCACUAUCAGCGGAUUGAUGGGUUUCAGAAGAAUUUUGCAUGUGGUCGGUUUCCUAAACAUAACGAUAACGUCAAGAAUAAGAGGAGAAGGAUAGAGUAUGAGUGUGGCAAUAGAUGUUUUAUGGAUCCUGAUGAAAGUUGUGGUAUUGAUAAGAAAGGUCCAAACUCAAAACUUGGUCGAGAGUUUACUCUAAAAGCUUUUAAAAGUUAUGCAGAUGACUUUAAAUCCCAGUAUUUCAGCAGUGGAAAUAAGGUCACAGAUACAGAAACAAAUUCAUCCACGGUUCAAGAGCAGUGGGAACCAUUAGUGGAUCAAGUAGAGAGUGAAUAUAGACGCAUUGUUGAGAAUCCAACUGAACAAAUUGAGGUGCUAUGUGGUCAUAGUUUGGAUAGCCCUUCACUUGGCAGUGGAUUUCCAGCAUCAUCCAGUCCUUUGAUUGAACCAGGUCAUGCUGAUCAUAUGGAAUCUGGAUGGAACUUAAAUAAUUUACGUAGACUACCUGGUUCACUUCUUUCUUUUGAUAGCUUCAAGACAUGUUCUAUUUUAUUGCCUCAAGUUUACGUGGGAAUGUGCUUUUCGUCAACUUGUUGGCGAGUUGAAGAACACCACUUACCUUUGUUAUGUUACUUGCACUUGGGAGCUCCUAAAAUAUGGUAUGGCAUUCCAGGAAGAUACAUUGGUCAAUUUGACGUAGCCAUGAAGAACCUUCCAGAAUUUUUUGUGGAACAGAAAAGGUUCCAUAGAGGAAUGGUCAGCCAACCGUCAAUUGCCAUGUUGAAGAGAGAGGGUCUACCGGUUUAUCGUUGCAUUCAGAAUCCGGGAGAGUUUGUUCUUGUUUUUCCAGGAGCAUGUCAUUCCGGAUUCAACUGUGGCUUUAGUAUUACUGAGGAAGCAAAUUUUGCUCCCCUUCACUGGUUGCCUUACGGUUAUAAUGCUGUGGAGCUCUAUGCUAUAGAUGGAAGAAAGACAUCGAUAUCCUUCGAUAGGCUGUUGCUCAGAGCAGCCAUUGAAGCUGUGAAGGCACAAUGGGAACUCUCUUUAUGCAGAAAGGAAACUAAAGAGAAUUUACGAUGGAAAGACGCCUGUGGAAAGAACGGGGUAUUAGCCCAGACAUUCAAGUCUCGUAUUAAGAGCGAAGGUCUCAGGAGGGAGUAUCUUACGUCAGCUUCACAGAUGCAGGAAGUAAACGAGAACUAUGAUGCUGUCUGUAAGCGCGAAUGCAGCAUUUGCCUUUAUGAUUUACACUUGUCUGCAGCUGGUUGUCCAUGUUCUGCAGAUAGGUACUCUUGUUUGAAUCAUGCUAAGCAACUCUGUUCUUGUGCUUGGGGCGACAAGUUCUUCGUCGUGCGGUACAAAAUGGGCAACUUAAAUCUUCUUCUGGAAGCCUUGGAAGGAAAAUUAAGUGCAGUCUACAAAUGGGUCAAAGAGAAUCUUGGACUGGCUGUGCACUCCUACAUUACUAAGAAUAGUCUACCACAAUCUCAGACUGCCGAUAGCUCACAUUCUUCAAAAGGAGACCAAUCCGAGGAUGCAGAAUUGCCGAAUUCUGCUAAUACCUCGAUUAUCAGAAUUAAGGCAGAGAUCAAGGCUCGUCUUCUCCAGUCGACAACCUUGAAGCGUAUGAAAAAAAACGAAAAGGUAAUAGAAUCGGAAGAUGCAGUUAAAUACAAUGGCAAUCCUUCAAAUUCUGAUUCUGGAAUUCCAUUAGAAAAGGCAGCAACAGCAUCAAUGCUUCAACCAAUAAGUUCAAAUGAACUUAAAGGAAAAGAGAAGCCAUCAACUCCAGCAGUAGCUUUAAACGAAAGAGGAGAUGGCUUAAUCUUUUCACUUAAUUUGGAGUCUUCUGAAAUAUUAUCCGAGAGUUCGGCCUCAAGCUUCUCCGAUUUGGAUGACUGCUGGUCUGAUUCUGGCUCUUAAAUGACUGAAGAAGAAUGCUUGGUUUCAGCUUCAGAUUUUAUGAAAGCUUGAAUAACUUCCACGGUAGAUAGUUGAGCCAGAUUUUAGAACUUGACUCUCAAGUGACUUUGGCUUGUUAAGGAGCGGUUGGCGCGGUAGAUCUUCUCAUCCUCCUGACGAUGACAUUCCAUCUGUGACAACAAAGGUGCGUAAUUCACAUAGAUUACUCAAUUUUGAUAUAAUUGAGUUGUUGUGCGCUAUUAAGUUCCAUCUCUCUCUAGCUAGAGUGAAAGAGAAGAGUUGCAGAAAAACAAAAUUAAAUCAUUGUCAAAAAAAAAAAAAAUGAUGUAUCAUUUCAUUUUCAAUUGCAUUAGAUGGAACUCAUUCCACCUGAUGGAAGAAAUGGAUAUUCUUCUGGAAGGAGGAUUUAAUGUAUCUCUUAAGGCAUCUUUAUGAACACGCUAUGCAUUGAUUUUUUACUAUUCAUGUGAUAUUUUUGAAUUUUUUU